GGAGGAGGAGGAGGAGGUCUGCCUUCAGAAACUCCGCCUCCGGGUCUCGGAUCAUCUCCCGGACCUCCUCCGCUGCCCCCCUCACGCUGAGGAUAGAGAGAGAGAAGGGGAAGGAGAAAAAACACAAGAAAGGGCGCACGGAGAAGGGGAGCAGCGAAACGACCAUGGCAAUACCCACAUCGUCUCAGCAUGAGAUAGAGUCCGAGCAGAGCGCACAGCCAACGCCGCUAACAGACGCACGGAGCCCGCAGACGCACCACAGACUCAGUCCAGAGGAUGAAUGAGGAGCCGGACCUGGGCCGCGGACAAAAUGAGGGUCAUCUUCAUCCAAAACGCCGGUUUCGUCGCAGCUUUUUCGCCUUUCUCGUAACAGUGGCAGCGAGUAGGACGACAGAUGAUGUGAGCGAGAUAGAAUUCACCACAGAUAGAUCGUGCCAGUCAAUCGAGGAGUGAGGAGACCAGACCAAUUCAUUUUGGCUUAUUAUUUUUAUUUUUUUUAAAUGGGACACAGCACCCAUAUUUAGCCAGUAUAUUGAUAUCGAAAGUGUUCAGCUUCCGGCAUGUCGAAACCUGAAUAUUGACUAUAUUUUAUUAUAAUAUUGGCACUAUAAUGCAUGCGAUCAUGCAAAGGUAGAGGAGUAUAUAGAUAUCAGGUUAUUAUGGAGCAACCCUAUUAGAGCUCCAUUAGUAUGGAUGAUAAAAAGAUGAAUUGAUAGAAUCGAAGCCAAUUUAUACUCCCAGACAAUCUGGAAAUGUUCGUUUCCACAUGUGAUAACGUCACUAGCUUUAUUUCCUGUAAUUUAUUUAUUUAUUAUUAGGCUACUAUCAUUAGACCUAUAAGUAUUAUUGUACCUUUUUGUUUCAGUAUAGGUAGUUUAGAAUAUUUAACAGUGGGAAGAGCGAUUAAACGCUUCCCUAUUUUAAAUGGCAACGGCUUAUUUAUCGCCCAGUCGAGGGCCCUGCUCCCAGAAAGGCCAAAGCGCAGGGGCCAACCCGGCGGCGGCCUCUCCUUCUCCCACACCUCCACCUCCACCUGCCGGUUCCACCCCCGGAGACCCCCCGGGGAGCGGCGACGGGCGGCGGAACUCGGGGGUGAAGAAGCACCACCACAAGCACAACCUGAAGCACCGCUACGAGCUCCUGGAGACCCUGGGGAGAGGCACCUAUGGAAAGGUCAAGAAGGCCAUCGAGAGGCACUCCGGCAGAGAGGUGGCUAUCAAGUCAAUUAAGAAGGAAAAGAUCAAGGAUGAGCAGGACAUGGUGCAUAUCCGCCGAGAGAUUGAGAUUAUGUCAUCUCUACGCCACCCACACAUCAUCUCUAUAUAUGAAGUGUUUGAAAACAAAGACAAGAUCGUGAUUGUGAUGGAGUAUGCGAGCAAGGGCGAGCUGUAUGACUACAUCAGCGAGCGCCGGCGCCUGAGUGAGCGUGAGACGCGACACUUCUUCAGACAGAUAGUCUCUGCCGUACACCACUGCCACAAGAACGGAGUGGUGCACAGGGAUCUGAAACUGGAAAAUGUGCUACUGGAUGAAAACUGUAAUAUCAAGAUUGCUGACUUUGGGCUGUCUAACCUGUACCACAAAGACAAGCUGCUGCAAACCUUCUGUGGAAGUCCGCUCUACGCUUCACCGGAGAUCGUCAAUGGGAGACCGUACCGAGGCCCAGAGGUGGACAGCUGGGCCCUUGGGGUGCUGCUGUAUACCCUGGUCUAUGGAACGAUGCCAUUCGAUGGCGGAGACCACAAGAACCUCAUUCGCCAGAUUAGCAAUGGAGAGUACAAAGAACCUACUCAGUCCUCAGAUGCCCGUGGACUGAUCCGCUGGAUGCUGAUGGUGAAUCCUGAGCGCCGAGCUACUGUAGAGGACAUAGCCAAUCACUGGUGGGUGAACUGGGGCUGGAAGAACAGUGUGUGUGACUGCGAGACCCAACGGGACCACGGGGGCUCGCCCAUGCUGGCUCGCUUCAUCGACUGGCAGAGCCGCGCCGAGCCGCGUGGCGCCGGGGCCAAAGCCGCGGCCGUGCCCCAGACGUCCCGCCAGAGGCCCAAGAAAUCCAAGAAGGAAAACGUCGAGUCGGGGCAGUCCCACAGCGGCGCGGAGGACAAGCCUGGUCUCAAGAGACCCAAGGGAAUCUUGAAGACCAGGGUCACCGAGGAGCAGCAGUCGGCCGGCCUGGACGAAGCGGAGCAUGGUCAAGCAGUUCUGCCUCAACAAGCAGAAGGUGGAGAGGAGGCCUCCAGCCCAGAUCGAGAGGAAGAGGAGGCAGAUCUGAGGUGCGGCUCUCCAGCCAAGAUGGUGUCUACCCUACCGAAAAAAGGCAUCUUGAAGAACAACCAGCAGCGGGAAUCAGGGUACUACUCAUCCCCGGAGCGCAGCGAAUCCUCCGAGCUGUUAGGGGGCGCCAGUAUGUCUCUGCUAGCCACGUCCCCGCCCAAAAGGCUGAUGGGGAGGAAGGGUAUCUUGAAGAGGAACGGCAAGUACUCCACCUACAGCGGGCCGCCGUCGCUAACGGCCUCGCAGGGAGUCCUCGGCGAGCCCCCGCCUCCUGCCGACUCCGGCUUGUCCCGCAGCCAAAGCCGGCCCUCCAGUAUCGUGGGGGAGGACAGCUCCGCGCUGUCCCUCUCGCCCACCUCCCUCAGCGGGGCCGAGUGGCACCCCUCCACCCCACACCUGCGCCCCAACAUCAGGGCCUGCGUCUCGGCCGAAAACCUGCUGCAGCUCGCCAACUUCCAAGGUUUCCAGGCCGCCCCGCCGCUCCAGGGACCCAAGUUCAGCCGUGGCCCCAAGACAAAAGGCUCCCCCGGGGACAACGGCAGCUUCUCCCUGCUGGGGGAUCUGGAGGACAUGACUCAGGUGUACCAGCAAGCCCUGGACAUUAGCAGCAAUUUAACCUAAGAGACGGGAGGCAGAAAGAGAGAGGCAGAGGGAUUCAAACGCGACGAUGUGUCUUUGUAGGGUUAGGGUUAGUUCAUGUGCGUGUGUGUGUGUGUGGGUGUUUGUGUGUGCGCACUGAAGUAAAUGCAUGGUAUUAACGACCAGUGUGUUGCUGGGAUACACCUUUAGGGAGGUUGUGGCUUUUCAAAUGGGGCUGAAAACUUGAUGCAAAAGAUAUAUAUGCGCUCACACACAUUCGCGCACACACACACACACGUACACGUACACGUACACGCUUAGGUGCACUUCCCUGGCCAGAGGAGAUUCAGUUCAGGUUGCGUGAACAGGAGAGAGUCAGCGCUGGCACAGGAGAAUGCCACCCAGUCUGCUCUCUCGGCCCGCCCGGAAACUUCGCUGCGUUCAACAUGUUUACAUAUUCAGCAAGAAGGCAAGUUAGAAUCACAAACGCAGCAACCAGAAACUGGUUGGCUCUCCUGCUGUGCCACCCAUUUCGAAAAUGAGUUUACGAAAGCACCUUAAAAACUCACACAGAGCACACGCUUUUGUGAUCUUUACUUCCUUUUAAAAAGAAGAAACAAACCAGGGUCUUGUUCCAAAAAAAUGAAAUAACAUUACUGAUUUAUUUAUUAAUAUUUUGUAGCUUUAGUUUUAGGUGAAAACUGGUGGGUGCUGGCUAUUACUGGAAGAGUCCAAAGCUCCUUAUCUCCAAGUCUUUGUGUGGAACUGACAUAUAUAAUUGUGUUACUCUGCAAUGAGACACACGUAUAUGUAUACUCAACAUAUAGACCUACGUCUGCACAUGUAACACAUGCAGGCUAAUACACCCUCUCGAAAGCGUAUGUCCUAUAUAUGUGUAUGAUACUAGAGAAUAUGUAGGAAGUGCCUUUUUUUGAUUCAUAAUUUUUUCUCUCCAAAUUAUGUAUGUCAUUUCCUGAAAGUGGAGAGGAAAGCCAGGCCACUCUGUUCCAGUUAUAUCUUUUUUUUUCUUGUUUAUGAAUGUGGAGAAACCCAGGGCCUUCAGAGCAUUGCUGACCAACCUGACCAACUCUUUUUAGGGUUUUAAGGCAGUCAAACUCAAAGAGUCUCAUGCGCACCCCCUACCCGUUUUCUUUUCUUCUCUUUUCUUUUCACAUGUACCUUCACACAGAGAUACACCAGCGUAUGCAGGCCACCAUAGGAAAAAUAGUCUUCUGUGUGUUCUUUGUCCGUGAUUAGGCUCAUACUGUGGUUUGUCAGCGGUCUGGGCUUGGUGGAACACAAUUUUUCUGGCUGCAUGAGAGCUCCGAUGGGGCUCACCUACUGAAUGGAGAAGGUACAGACACCCUUUCACAGUCUUGGAAUGUGCCUGGAUUUCUUAGCCUUGCUUGCUUGUGAGUUAAAGAUGCUUUUUCUUUUUUUUUUUUUACCAAAGAUUUGUCAGGUGUUUUCCAUUGUUGGACUAGUUAAUGUUUUACCCGCAGCUCUUGAAAAGGGCAAAGUAAGGUGGUUUGUUUUUUGCUCGCCGAUGACACAGCAAAUUCCUCAGACAAAAGCGGGAGACGUGUUGGUUCUGGAGAUUUCUUAUCAUCCCCGGGCCCGACUCAGCACAGGUGGGAUCAGCAGCCCAUGCUCAGCCCUCCAGCUGUGUAUACUGGUUCAUAAUGUCAACGCAGCACAAUUAGCCAGCUAUUGUUUUUAUUUGAGCGUGAGAAGGAGGCAGAGUGUGCAGAUUUGUUGCUGGAGGCAGAAAAAGAGUGUGUGAAAGAGAGAUGCAACGCAGCGAUUAGAGAGGGCUUUCCUGUGAAUUGCAGGAGGUCAAGGUGUUAGAUUUAUUUAUUAAAGGAUUUGUAAUGUAGACUAGAGGACGGACAGAAAGUGAGUAGAAAGAGUUGAUGGAAAGUUUUUUUUGUUUUUAUACCAAAGAUUGUGAAGGACUUGGACAUGAUUCAGGGGAAUUGGUAAAUCGGCUUUGGUGGGAGUCUAUAGGAUUAUUAUUCUCCCAGGUCAUUUCCCAUUGGUGUAGGGGAUUGUCUCCACACAACUUAGCCUUACAUAUGUUUUAUUUUUCCUUUAUUACAUGCAUUUAAUACAGUCUGUGUAAUGUUUUUCAAGCAAGUAUUUUGACCCCCAAGGAAAAGGAUCCCAUGUUGAACGUUCAGUGGUCAGCUCAUGUGAAGAAAAGGUCCUGGGUACGGAGUCAAAUGAAAGACCCACUGCGUAUCACAUUGCAUUUUAUUGCUUUUUGUAUUGCAUUUUAUUGUCAACUGGAUUUACAGUGAAAAAAAAUUAUACUAUGUUAGUAUUUUGUUUUAUUAUGCUUCUGUUUUUGAUUUUCCAAAAUACAAGAAAUGUUGUAUUGCUUUAUGAAUGGCAGAAAAAUACUUCCUUCCUUGAAGUAUUAUAAAGUCUCACAAAUCUGAUGUGAAAUUGGCGUGAUCUCUUCUAACCGCUAUUUUCCGUCUACCUGAGGGUUAGAUCAACCUCGAAUGGGAAAACAAAGAAAGCUUUGACAAUGAAAGGCUUAUUCGGUAAAUAGCUAAAUUAAAUAUAUUAUUCUAAUAUGCCAAGAGCAUGAGUAGGCCAAAGCAUGAAAAGGCCAAAAUGUUUGAACACCACCAGAAGAAAAGCAAUAGAGAGAAUUUGAUGAUGAAACCUUAUCUCUGCCAAACUGGAAGAAAGUGGUGCAUAUCUGUUAGAACGUCUAAUCAUAGGAAAACUUGACUGGAUAUUUUGAUGACAACCAUAAUAAUAAUAAAUUUGUAUUAUUAUGUUAUUUAAGUAUUAUUUUCAUAACAGCUCAUUACUUUUGCUGGCUAGUGCCACAAUUUUCUGAUUAAUAGUUUUUGCCUGUGGGUGAUCCUGGACUGCCAAGGUUUAUUAAGUUGGGUGCCUUUGGUAUUUUCUUUUUUUUUGACAAUGAAAGUUAUCAAUGUGUUUGUUUGUUAUUUUUUACUUGUAUUUAUUGAUCAAGCCAUUUUAAAUAGUUGUCAACAAUACUCUGUGUGAAAUGCUUUUGCCUGUUUCGGACUGUGUUUUGUUGUUUAGGACGCGCUACACACAAAACUACAUUUUAAAUUGAGUGGUAUCAUCUCAAUGGGGAGGCGGUAGUCAAGUGACUGAGUGUUACGAGGAGUAAGAAGUCAAGAAAAGUUCUUGAAAUCCUGUAAAAUGUCUUAAUUCACCAUUCAGGUCAACACAAUGCCCAUGUAGUACUGUAUCAACCCAAAUAAAUGGAUCUUGAAA